AUGGCGCCCUCUUUCUUAACCUUCAAGGAAUUUCGAAGACGAUCGCGAGCUAGUUUCCGUACCGAUCGUUCUACUGACGGUUCAAGCUACGAGGAACACCAGAGUCAGAAUACAACUCCCACCAACGGUUCUGUCACUCCCCCUUCGAUAACAGCUCAAUCCGAUCCAGGAUUUCCCACGCAACCAAAAGACCAGCAGCAACCUCCUCCAAUUCCACCUAAUAGGCCACCACCUCAGCCCAAUUUCAACCGAUAUAGUGUAUCAGGAAUGGCUGGGUUGGGAUCUCCUGUGCUCAACGGCAAAUCUUCACUCCCCGUAUCGCAGUAUGCCCCUCGAAUUACUAACAUUGGGGAAAAUACCUGGGUCUCGCAGAAAAUCCUUCUUAUCAACGGUAUGAUCGGAGAAGCAGGUCAACGGGUACCGGAAGGGACUGUUACAGUUUGCAGACUAGACGAUGGAUUCCCACCCACGUAUUGGCCGGUUUGUGAGUCGCAGUUUAAAGCGUUGGUAUAUCUCAUGCCCGGCGCAAACAGAUUACGUCUCGACUUCUCGAGCCCAAAACUCGCAAACAGCGGCUCUUCAAACCCGAUACAUUCCUCUUAUAUCACCGUGCACAUGGUCCCUCCUAUGAACUCGCCGCCGUUACAGCUUGCCAUCUUACUCGCGAAAGACUCUCCCGGUACAUUUGAUGCUGUCCCUGCUCGGAUUGAAAAGGAAGGAAAUGAUAUCGAUGCAGCCGUUCGUAAAUUCCGUAUGGCUGCUUACCUCUGGCAAGCAUUUACUGCCGAGCAGAUGUGGAGAAAUAAAUUCGGCCGACGGGUGUUCAGGUUCGAAGAGGAAUGGACAACAGGCACCUGCAACUAUCGAGAUAGAGAAACGGGCGCGAUGCGAUCAGAAGCACGUAUUCACGUUAUUCGAUCAGAUAAGACCCUAGCCGAAAUCAGGGACCUUAACUUGGCACAACAGAAUUCUAAGGCGACUAAAAAAGGUGACCUUUAUGGCAUUGCCGCUGACGCGCUUAAGAAUUACUUCAAGCCUCUCCCAGGACAAACUCAACAUGUUUCAGUGUUACUUCUAGACGCUCAUUGGGAUACGAAUUCGAAGGUCGUCACGGGUCAUGCAGCUUUAGGAGGGAAUGCUGGCGACUUGCACAUGGCCAUUUUUGGCUCUCACUGUCUACAGAGUUACCCUACAAGUUUCGAAGAGGUCGUACCAGCGUUUACCGACUGCACACCUACUGACACCAAAUUUGUUGCAAACGACUGUAACGAGUCUGGAAGCUCCUGGGAAGCUGCCAAUAUUGGCAUCGGCGCCCACCUCCACGAAACCGGCCACCUUUUCGGAUGUCCGCAUCAGGAGAGCGGGGUCAUGCUAAGAGACUAUGUCAAGUUGAACCGUUCAUUCAUAUCUCGUGAGGCUUACUCUACUCGGACUAAGUCGAAGGGAGGGCCAGUAUCUCAGGCUGACGAAUGUACCUGGCACCGUCUUGAUUGCCUUCGAUUCCGCAGUCACCCUUGCUUUAAGCUACCUAAUGAUCCCAUCUUGAACUCCGACGCAAGUGUCCAGGCCUGGCCGGUUGAGAAUGGACAUGUUCAAAUCACAGCAGCUACAGGAGUUUCAUUUAUAGAAAUCUACCCGGAGGGCGAUGACUUAUGCCAUACGUGGAUCGAAUAUCCGAUAGAGAACGGUUCCGUACAGCGUAACCUAACUCUUACAGAACAAGAGCUCCGCGACAGACUACCCGAGAAUAAGCGACGCUCGAAGAUGAAGGUCUGCAUCAAAUCGCAUGGCGGCGGAAACCUCGAUAUCAACGACUUUCAUAGCCUGUGCUCGAAAGCAUCUUCUCUAAAGCUGUCUUUCGGCAAAUCAGCCUAUCGUGGUGACAAACUCGGCUUUUCACAAAUGGAGGGAAGUCAACCGCAAGAAUUAGUUUUUACAAGUGCAACACAAAAAACGCGAGUGCUAUCCCGCGUCGUGGUCUAUCACGGGUUUGCUUUAGAUGGUAUUGAAUUUUUCUACGACGAUGAAUCCAGCCAGUUGUUUGGGAAACGUGGAGGUAAACCUGGCGGCGAUACGUUCGAAAUGGACAUUCGCCGUGGCGAGUAUAUUACUGGCUUCUUCGUACGGUCGGGACAGUGGAUAGACGGCAUCCAGAUCCUUACAAGUCUUGGAAGAAAAUCGCCAAUUUACGGCAAUGCGCACGGUGGCUCUCCUCAUACUCUCCUCCCGCCGCGCGGCUACACGGUCUGUGGCGUUUCUGGAUCAUGCGCAGCAUGGAUCGACGGCUUCUCGGUUAUUAUCGCUCGGUAA